AUGACUACUAUCACAAUCUUCUCCGUCCCAUGCACAAACCCCUCCCCCCUCUCUUCUCCAAAACGAUUCAGAUUCAAUCCCCAAUCCUCCGCACAACUUUCCCCUACCUCCUCCUUACCUCUUCAAACCCCCUCACUCCCCAAAACCGGAGUCAUCGUCAUCGGCGCCGGCCUUGCUGGCCUUGCAGCCGCAAACCACCUGAACUCCAACAACAUCCCCUUCCUCCUCCUCGAAGCUUCCGACGCGGUCGGCGGCCGCGUCCGCACCGACAUUGUCGACGGCUUCCUCCUCGACCGCGGCUUCCAAAUCUUAAUCACAGCCUAUCCAGAAGCCCGAAAGCUCCUCAAUUACCAAUCUCUGGAUCUCCAGAAGUUCUACUCCGGAGCUCGAAUCUUCUAUGAUGGCCAAUUUCACACCGUCGCUGAUCCUCUUCGCCACUUUUGGGAUUCCGCAAAAUCCCUCACCAACCCCAUUGGAUCCCCCCUCGACAAGCUUCUGAUCGGAUCCACCAGAAUUCGCGUCCUCGCUAAAUCCGACGAAGAGAUCCUCGCCGCAGAGGAGGUCCCCACAAUUGCAUUACUCAAGAAGCUAGGGUUUUCCGAUUCCAUCAUCGGAAGAUUCUUUCGCCCCUUCUUCGGCGGAAUCUUCUUUGAUCCAGACCUCGAAACGACGUCGCGCCUGUUCGAUUUCGUCUUCAAGUGUCUCGCCCUCGGAGACAACACCCUUCCGGCGAGGGGCAUAUCGGCCAUCCCGGAACAACUGGCGGCGAGGUUGCCGUCCGGUUCACUCCUGCUUAACUCCAAGGUCGUUUCCGUCGACCUCAACGGCUCUGAAACGCCGCUCGUUAGGCUGCAAAAUGGCGAUGUUUUGAGGAGCAAGCUGGGAGUCAUCAUCGCAGUUGAAGAACCCGCGGCAGUUCAACUAUUAGCGGGAAGGACCGGUCCGGUUCCUAAAAAGCCGGUUCGAAGCACGGUCUGUUUGUAUUUCACCGCGAACCGGGAUAAGAUACCGGUUCAAGACCCCGUCCUAUUUCUGAAUGGGUCGGGUAAGGGCAUUGUAAACAACAUGUUCUUUGCCACAAAUGUGGCUUCAUCGUACGGGCCACCCGAUAAGGCCCUGGUAUCAGUGUCACUAAUUGGGGUGUUUGAGGGUGUGUCUGACGAUGAACUUGUGGGUAAGGUUAUUGAGGAGCUUCGGGGUUGGUUUGGGGGGAGAAUGGUAGCGGAAUGGAAGCAUUUGAGGACCUAUCGAAUUGGGUUUGCCCAGCCCAAUCAGUGCCCACCCACAGAUCUGAAGAAAAACCCGAGAGUUGAGUCGGGUUUGUAUGUGUGUGGUGAUUAUUUGACCUCUGCCACGUUUGAUGGUGCUUUGGUCUCUGGGAGAAGGGCAUCGGAAUCCUUAUUGAAAGAUAGAGCCCUCUCCCCAUCUUAA